UUGAGUACUGCCGCGGAAAUUGACAGCAGGGGAAACGCAUUAUUGCUUUUGUUCUUUGAAAAACAGAGAAAGAUAUGUGGUCCGAAGGAAGCUUUUGAUAGAUACCUAGCUAGAAAAUGAGAAAUAUAUGUGGUCCGAAGGAAGCUUUUGAUAGAUACCUAGCUAGAUCCUGUCUCUUUCUGUGCAAUUUCGCUUUCUUCGCUUCAGUCUCUUUGUGAGGCCGUGUUGUUAGUUUCUGUUUUGGCUGAACUUCAUGUUUAUCUCUCUCACUCUCUUUGUUCUGAUUGUAAAAUUUGAAACUUGCUGAAUUGUAAGUUGUAAUUCUUGGAUUUUGGCGUUCUCACUGUUUGUUUUCGAAAUUUGGAUCUGGCUUGUCAACUAGUAGUUAUAGUUUUGUCGCUGUGCUUGGGUGAGACUGAAAAUGGAGGAGAUCAGGUUCUCGAAAGAGUAAGUUUUUGGUGUCGUGAUUCUUCCAAUUAGAACAUGGAAUUCUAUGUGGUUUUAAAGUGCAGAUUUCAUGAAAUGGAGGUGAUGAAGUAGAAAAAUUCUGUUGCUUCUUUGAUAGCUAAGCCUUGGUAUCGAAGCCUCGUUACAGUUCCUAUCCGGUGACUCGUCUGGUCCAUCGGACGGUAGGUUUCGUUCUACGUGGCAAUGACGACCCUUCCCCCGUGCAGGGAGUCUGUGAGUGCUGGACCGCUGGUCAGGUCACUUGAGUGGUUCAAAUUCUCUCUCCUUGUUUGUGGUUAUGAUACAAACCAAAUCGAAUAGUUAUCGAAUAGUUGAAACGCCGUCGCUUCAAUCCUUCAGCGUGACCGUUUGAUUCCGAUCCAUUUUUGCUUGUCGUCGGGUUGAAUGAAGCAACUAGUGCCCUGUUUAUCUUUUAGCUCAGCUCUUCCAAUAGUGUUUCUUUUCCCUUUCCAAUUUUUAUCGGUCUUUAGAGGUCCUCUGCGAAAUUGGAACCAAGCUUGAACAUGAAAUUAAUCCUGGUCAUAGGCUACAUAGUAAAUGAAUCAAGUAAAGUCACAGUGAGAUGAGAUGAGUUGAUAUAAUUUGUGAAUAAUAGUGAGAUUAUUAGUUGAAAUUAGUUUCAUGUCACCUCUGUAUCCAAACGGGCCCUUAACACCUUAGUGCUCGACUUGACUUUCUGGUUUGAGGUCCUGAUAUUUUUGUAAAUUUUACAACAUUUUAGUGUGUGUGACCCUUUCAUGCGGUUGGUAAUUCAAGCUAAUAUCCUGUUGGGUCAACCUUUACUUCAAUACUGAGACAGUAUUCUCCAUUGGUUGAUAAUCAAGAAUCACCUUUGUACUUGCUUCUAUUCUGUUCUGGGGUUUGGUCUAGAGGAGUACACUAGAUGCUUUCUUACACCUUUAUCUUCGUGAAUACAUACACUUUCUGGUUAGCAUCUAACUUUAUAUGAGUUGUUCAGCUGUAGCAUGCUGAAUGGUUUAAAUACUUGUCUCCUGUCCUUUUGUCUCUUUUUAUUCUUCCUGCAUCUCUCGGGUGCCUUUGUUGUUACCCGUUUGAUUGUUUGCUGACAAGUUGAGUGAUUACUUUAAAUCCUUAUUAUUCUUACCCGCGGGCUCAUGUUUGCGUUUAGUUGAGAAAAUUAUAUGGGCAAUACCUAGCACAAUGGUAUUUCAUUUUGUUCAAUGUCUGGCAUGUUCUUCUAACGACCCAAACUGGUGCCUUGUUGCAGCCUUACAUGAGAAGUUUCUGGCACGUUAGAUGAGGAGGAACUUAUUCCAACUAAAGUCAGUGCAAUUGUGCAUCUAGAACUGGCUAUGUUCUCAAGGAGCUUUCCUCGGGUUGUUGACUUUUAAUCUUUUCUUCCUUUUCUUAGGUUUUUCAUUUGAUUGCAAUCUAAGAAGGUAAAACCAAGUAUGAAAGAGAUUGACAAGAAGAAAAUUUCACAUAACAACCAGACAAAGCGCUCUGGAAGGAGAGACAAUAAACUUCAUCAAGAAAAUGUUUGAGGAGGCACCUCGAGGUUUGAGAACCAAUGCAAUGAUCUCUACAGAAAGCAAGGAUGAAGUUGUAGAUAAUCCUUCUAUUGGUUUGGAGAAAGGACCUAACAAGGGUAAGGAAGAAGUGUCAUAUUCAGAGUCAGUAAAAGAUUCAAUAUCGUCUCAAGGGGAUUUGCUGACUGCUGAUUGUGAGAAUGUAGAAAGAGCUUCGGGCCUUGAAAGGAGUCCCACAGAAAGUGGUCUUGGCAGAUCAAAAGAGAGAUCUGAGCCCCAAUCAAACCAACCCCAAUCUAAAGUAUUACAUAACAGUUCUAAGAAAUCCACCAGUGCAAUUAGGGGGCCUCCUAAAGUGGUUGACCAAAGUUCUUCCGAGACUGAUUCCGAGAAAAUGAAAUUUGCUUCUGAAACUUCAGCAGAAUCUUCUGCAGGAGUUGAUGAUAAGCCUGUUGAAGAGGUAAAAGAAGUUGAUGUUUUGGAUGGGGCCUCAAAUAGUGCUCAGAGUAUUGGAACUGAUGACGACAUAGUUAAUGCUGAAGAAAGUGAUGAACAUGAGGACGAGACAGCUUUGGAGCAAAAGAUUGAAGAAAUGGAAAUGAGAAUUGAAAGACUUGAAGAGGAGCUGAGAGAAGUUGCUGCUCUUGAAAUUUCUCUCUAUUCUGUGGUACCUGAGCAUGGGAGCUCAGCACAUAAGGUGCACACACCUGCUCGACGCCUUUCUAGACUCUACAUUCAUGCUUGCAAACAUUGGACUCUAGACAAGCGAGCUACAGUUGCUAAAAAUACUAUAUCGGGGCUUGUUUUAAUUGCCAAGUCCUGCGGUAAUGAUGUCCCAAGGUUAACCUUCUGGUUGACAAACACUGUUGUGCUGAGGGAGAUAAUCUCACAAGCAUUUGGGCGUUCCCGUCAGUUCAGUCCACUGGCAAGACUUUCUGAGUCAAAUGGGAGUAGCAAGAGCAGUGAAGGGAAGUCUACAACAUUGAAAUGGAAGGGUGGCUAUGGUAGCAAACAGGCUAACGGUUUUAUGCAGCUUGUUGAGGAUUGGCAGGAGACAGGAACCUUCACGGCAGCAUUAGAAAAAGUUGAAUCCUGGAUUUUCUCUCGGAUAGUUGAGUCUGUUUGGUGGCAGGCUUUAACUCCGAACAUGCUCUCCUCAUCUGAGAAUAUGUCAGCCAAUAAAAACAUUGGAAGGUUGUUGGGACCAGCCCUGGGUGACCAGCAGCAAGGCAGCUUUUCUGUCAACCUCUGGAAAAAUGCUUUUCAGGAUGCUUUUCAACGGCUAUGCCCUGUUCGAGCAGGGGGGCAUGAAUGUGGUUGCUUGCCAGUAUUGGCAAGAAUGGUUAUGGAACGAUGUGUUGCCAGACUAGAUUUUGCAAUGUUCAAUGCUAUUCUGCGUGAGUCUGCCCAUGAGAUUCCAACUGAUCCUAUAUCAGAUCCCAUUGUUGAUUCCAAGGUUCUGCCUAUUCCAGCUGGAGAUUUGAGUUUUGGAUCUGGUGCCCAACUCAAAAAUUCUAUUGGCAACUGGUCUAGAUGGCUUACUGAUAUGUUUGGCAUGGAUAGUGAUGAUUCUCUGAAGGAACAUCAGCAUGACAGUGAGGAUGAUGACCUGCAGGGUGGAGCUGGUGAACCUAAAUCUUUUCUUCUUCUUAACGAGUUGAGUGAUCUCCUGAUGCUUCCGAAGGACAUGCUUAUGGACCAACCCGUUAGAGAGGAGGUAUGCCCAUCAAUCAGUCUUCCAUUGAUCAAACGAAUACUCUGCAACUUUACCCCAGAUGAAUUCUGUCCGGAUCCUGUCCCAGGAGCUGUAUUGGAGGCGCUGAAUGCUGAGAGCAUUGUGCAGCGGAGAUUGUCAGGAGAUUCUGCUAGAAGCUUCCCUUAUACAGCUGCCCCUCUUAUUUACAACCCUCCUUCCUCCGCUGAGGUGGCAGAGAAAGUUGCAGAGGCUGGAGAAAGACCUCCAUUGGCAAGGAGUGCGUCUGCGGUACAGAGGAAGGGGUAUAAGAGUGAUGAAGAACUAGAGGAACUGGAUUCUCCUCUUACAUCCAUCAUUGAAAAACUGCCUUCUUCACCAACGAUCACGGCAAAUGGAAAUGGUAUACAGGAACAUACUGAUUAUGCCAGCACAAAUGCAAGGUAUGAACUCCUUCGCGAGGUUUGGUCCGUGUGAAUGUCAAAAGAGGGACUUGUAUAUUUAAAUUUGUUUCCUUUUUUCCCUCAUUUAUUUUCACAAUUUCAUGUCUCUUAUUGGUUGUCUUGUAUUGUGGCCAAAGCCCAAGCCAUCAGGCAUCAGCUUCUUUGUAUAUUAGACAGUGUUCAAUUACCAUAUACAGUUUCAUGAUU